AUGAGAUACACUUCCAUUAUUACCCUCGUAAUCCUUGCAUCGACGACUUUGAGUUCCGCCCAAUUUGAUGACAUGGGCCUUUCACAAAGCUGUAUGGAUGAAGCGCAAAAAUUAAUCGGUUCCCAAGAAAUCAACGCUUGCAUUCCAAUUUCAUCACUUGCUUCAUUAUUCACUGGUUCUCAAAAAGGAGACAAAGAGGCCGUCAUGAAAACUGUGGCCGAUUCAAUUUGUAGUCUUCCAAAAUGUUCCGAUAGCCUCAUAGCCUCAACUCAAAAAGAUUUCAGAGCUGCGUGUCAACAAGAUUUAAAAGCUAAUAAUGACGUUGUAACUUUGAUUGAUGUCGCAAUUUCUCUUUAUUCUCCGUCAAGAGAUUCCAUGUGCUUUAAGAAUUCUACGGAUGGUUAUUGUUUAAUUGAAAGUUAUACUGCUGCGAAACAAAUUUUUGAUAAUGCGCCAAAAGACCAGAGUCCCAUCCUUACUUUUGUUGGUGCACCAAAAGAGCAAGUUUGUACUCCUUGUAACAAGGCCAUUGCUAAUACUUUUAAUAACUAUCAAAAACAACAUCCUGAAGCAUUCACAGACAUUAAAGAUUAUAACGAUAAAGAUGUGGAAAAUGCCAAAAGUGCUUUAACCGGAAAAUGCGGGGAAUCUUUUCUAG